AUGUAUCUCCAGGACGAAGCAAUCUCCACCUACAACCACCUCAACGAAUCCCCCAGCAACCUCCUAGAUAACUACAAAGCCCUCAAACCGCCAUACUUCUGGCACCACAUCCGCCCGGAGCGCCAGCGAUGGGGGAUAAAUGAGAUAGCGAGGAACGCGAGCCCCCUCACGAGACCGUUGUUUGCCCGGGGGAUGACUACGGGCGAGUAUGGGCCGAAUUGGGUGGCGGGUUGGUUGCUGUAUAGUGUUUUUCGGAGUAGGGAUGUGAGGAAUAAUCGGAAUAGGAGGAGGGGGAAUGGGGUUGUUGGUGGUGGUGGUGGUGUGAAGGGUGGGGAGGACGUUGGGGGGGGGUUGUUUGGUUUGAUGGUCGGGCGAGUUCUCCUCAGAUGGGAGUGA